AUGAUGGCCAGUUCCCGUCGACGAGAUGUUCCGAGGUCGAAGGCCUACAGCCAGGGCCACAAGGAGCUGAGUGACGGCCCAUUAUCUCGGGAGAAUGUAACCAUACUUCCUUGCCAACGAGAGGACUCAGUUUUCUGGAAAUGGGACCAAGUCAGAGAUGACAUAGUGAGACGCAUCGACCUGACACACGUCUCCACAGUGGCCUGCUACCGUGUGGAGACCAGCCACAGCCCAAGCAAAACCAAUCCGACCAUCAUUGUUUCUGGGAAUCACGCCAGAUAUCCGGGGGCAACCCAGGAAGCCCGGGAUAUUAUCAACGCAGUCCUUUUGAAGUACAAGCCAGUGGAGGUUCAAGUCAAGUUUCUUGAAGGUCAAUACAGCAGGUACGCAUCCCACCUAUCAGAGAGAAAUGCUCCAAAACGUGAUGUCGAUGAAGCCGGGUCAAGAGUGUUUCACGACGAUAUCAUUCAACUUCAGUCAUUGCCAGGGCAGAGUCUGGCUCUCCAUGGAAAUGACAGCACCUCUGGCACGCUUGGGGACUUCUUUGAACUCAAGUUUCCCGGAUCGACGCACUCAACUGUGAUGGGACUCACAUGCUUUCAUGUGAUAGAUCCAACAACUGCGCCCACAGUUAAUGUGAGAGAGGACAAGGUAGAACAAUGGCGCAAAAGCGGCAUCAAGCCCGUCGACAGAAUGGCAAGGGAACUGAAAGUCGAUCACCCCAGCCCUCGUGCCAUCCGAAAUAAGACCCGAGCGCUAGAGAAAGAAAUCGAUAAGAUCCAGACUCCAGAGUACAAUCUGAACGAAGAACUCGUUAGCUAUGGUGUGGAACUCAAAAGGGGUGUCAAGACGAGGCAUCUGGAGGCAAGCAAACAGCUUAGACACUUGAGAGCGUUACUAGGGAACCUCCAAGCCUUCGAUGCAAAUUUUGGAAGGGUAUGGGCUGCCUCUGGUCUUAGAAUAGGCCAGGCGGCAAGUAUUGAUGGCGGCAAUAAUGACCUACCCACAGUCCAUGAUUGGGCAUUGAUAAAAGUUCCCAGGGAGCGGGCGGUGCGUAACAUUACCCCAGAAGGGCACCGACUAAAGGGAGGACCGGUACCCGAGCUUGUCGACAAGCUCGAAUUAUGUAUUUCGGGUCAAAGGUCGGGGUACUCCGAAGGGUACUAUAACUCGCUUCGCCCAGCGAGAAUCCAUCGAAAUGAGGUAGAUGGAAAAGACUCGGUGAUUGUUAUCAUUGAGCAUUCAAUACUAGCCAAAAGUAACGAAGACUCCUUUUUUUCGAAGAAUGGAGAUUCUGGAUCUUUGGUUUACACCAAAGACCAUGUGGUGGUGGGAUUGCUUUUUGCGGGCGACCUAGAUGCGCCAUAUACUUCGUGCUUUACUCACAUCCACGAUGUGGUUACACACAUUAAACGUGCGACAGGGGCGUCUGAAGUCUGCUUGUGGGAAGGCUGA